CGGGGCCUUCACUGGAGGAUCGAAUGGAAACCUAUCUUCUUAUCUUUUCCGAGCCAAAGCCAACCCACCCCAGGAGAAGAAACCAAACACCAUGCCCAAUUUGUGAAGCCUGAGGAACCAGUUCCACUAUUUGCAACCAGAAACUCAGCUUCAGGAAAGAAGAAAAUUUCAAAAUAUUUGGACAAUGGCCAGUGUUCUUGGAACUUCAUCAGCUGCAAUCUUGGCCUCUCGACGCUUUUCUUCUCCCUCCUCCUCCUCCAAAUCCCCCAUUCACGGUCUCUUCCCGGCUCAAGGGCAGAGGAACGCGAGGAAGUUCUAUGGGGGAAUUGCAACUCCAUUGAGCACUGGGAGGUCUCAGUUCCGUGUUUCAAUUACUAAUGUUGCCACUGAAGUCAGUCCCGCCCAGGAACAGGCCCAGAAGCUUGCUAAGGAAAGUCAGAGACCUGUGUAUCCGUUUGCAGCUAUAGUAGGUCAGGAUGAAAUGAAACUGUGUCUUCUGUUGAAUGUAAUUGACCCAAAGAUUGGAGGGGUCAUGAUUAUGGGUGACAGGGGAACAGGAAAAUCUACAACUGUUAGGUCUUUGGUUGAUUUACUUCCGGAAAUCGAGGUAGUUAUGGGUGACCCAUUUAACUCUGAUCCAGAAGAUCCAGAAUCUAUGGGCGUGGAAGUCAGGGAAAGAGUUUUGAAAGGCGAUGAACUUCCUGUCACGACAACCAAAAUUACCAUGGUUGAUUUGCCGCUGGGUGCUACAGAAGAUAGAGUCUGCGGGACAAUUGACAUAGAGAAAGCCCUUACAGAGGGUGUCAAGGCAUUUGAGCCUGGCCUUCUUGCAAAAGCAAAUAGAGGAAUCCUUUAUGUGGAUGAAGUCAAUCUUUUGGAUGACCAUCUAGUGGAUGUUCUUUUGGACUCUGCUGCCUCGGGAUGGAACACUGUUGAGAGGGAGGGAAUUUCAAUAUCGCAUCCUGCUCGGUUCAUACUGAUUGGAUCAGGAAAUCCUGAAGAAGGAGAACUCAGGCCACAGCUGCUUGACCGGUUUGGAAUGCAUGCCCAAGUUGGGACUGUGAGAGAUGCUGAGUUGAGAGUAAAAAUUGUGGAAGAGAGAGCUCGGUUUGAUAGAAACCCCAAGGAAUUCAGAGAUUCUUACAAGGCAGAGCAGGAGAAGCUCCAGCAACAAAUUGCUUCCGCUAGAAAAACCCUAUCUUCUGUUCAAAUUGACCAUGAUCUCCGUGUCAAGAUCUCCAAGGUUUGUGCAGAGCUAAAUGUUGAUGGAUUGAGAGGUGACAUAGUGACAAAUAGGGCAGCAAAAGCUUUGGCUGCUUUAAAAGGCAGGGACACAGUAACCGCAGAGGAUAUUGCAACGGUCAUUCCCAACUGCUUAAGACACCGGCUUCGUAAGGAUCCACUCGAAUCAAUUGAUUCUGGUUUGCUGGUGAUUGAGAAAUUCUACGAGGUUUUCAGCUGAGGUGGUAAAUAUACAGGCUUCUCUGUUAUUGUUUGAGCUACUGCUUUUUCUUGCAUAUUUUUGUUCUCGUUAAGAGUCUGGUUGGGAUCCCUCUUUCUUUUGUAAUCUGAAACUAUUCCAGAUGUGCAAAUAGAUAGAACUUGUGUUUGUGAUCAUGAAAGGAAAACAAGUCUUACGCAACUUGUUUCCUUUUUUACUCCCAUUUUCUUCUGAUUCUGUCUGUUGUCCCCUGCCAUGUUAAUAUGGUAGGGGCCAAACAAUCUAAAAAAACAUACAAGUUAUCCUGGA